GAAGGGGUUUCUUUAUCCUCUCUUCAUUUUAUUAUUUACUAAUCAGACUUCAGCUCAGUUAGAUGAAGGAGAGAGGUUCUGUUGCCUACAUGUGAGGCCUUUAAUGAGGAUGGGAGCCCCCAGGGAGCUGAAAUCCGAAGUAGAACGGUGCUGUUUUCGGGUUUCUUGUCAUUUCUUCAGUUGCUUUUCCUCCUCCCUUUUCCAAUGGGCCUAGUGAGCAGGAACUGUCCAAGGUGCUAGAAUGCUGGCAGCUUUGCCGUUCAAGGCAGACGGAUUGCAGAAACAGAAGAAAGAUUACUGCUUAUUUCAGAAGAAUAUAAUCAAAUGAAGUACCUUAGCCAGCCUGGUGAUUGCUUCGGGUCCUGUAAUCAUCUGUGUAGCAAAGUGGGUAAAAUUAUUCAAUUUCUUCCCUGCUGGACCUGGAAGGAGAGGGGCUGUGUGUUCAUCCCCACCCAUUAGCUAUGCCCUCUUUUCUCCGAAUGUCGAUUUAAGGAAGCAAGCACCAGUCUUCUGCCACUGCAUCUUCCUAGCAAACUUUAAAGGCCAUUUUACCUGAUAGGAAGAACAUCAAGAAUGCUCUGAUAUCCAGUGAUGAAGAAUCUGGGAAUCAACACUUUUCCCAUCCAGAUACAAUGCACUUUAAUUGAAGAAAAACUGAGCUGAACUACAAGUCUAUUUCUUAUGGUGCUGGAUUACUCCUACAGAACUGCCCUGAGAUCAACCGUGAGAGAGGGCUCUGACAGACACAAGUCACCUUCUGCUUAUUGCACUUAGCACUCCCUGGGGACUUAAAUUUUGGAAGUGUGCCUUUUCACAUGAUAUCCUCCAACAUGAGUUCUAAUCCUGAGGAAGACCCUUUGGACACAUUUCUCCAGUAUAUUGAGGAUAUGGGCAUGAAGGCAUACGAUGGCUUGGUUAUUCAGAAUGCAUCAGACAUCGCCCGAGAGAAUGAUCGCUUGAGAAAUGAAACCAACAUGGCCUAUUUGAAAGAGAAAAAUGAAAAACGCCGAAGACAAGAAGAAGCAAUCAAGCGCAUAGGUGGAGAAGUAGGGCGCAGCCACGAAGGGAGUUACGUGGGCAAACAUUUCCGCAUGGGCUUCAUGACAAUGCCUGCUCCUCAGGACAGACUCCCCCAUCCGUGUUCCAGUGGCUUCUCUGUGAGAUCACAGUCUCUGCACUCUGUCGGGGGUGCAGAUGAUGACAGCAGCUGUGGCUCCCGAAGACAGCCACCACCCAAGCCCAAGAGGGACCCCAGCACCAAGCUGAGCACCUCAUCGGAGACGGUCAACAGCCCAGCAGCCAGCAAGAGCAGCAAGCCCCCCGAGAGAACUGAAGUGUCGGCCAAACCAAGACCCCACAGUGAUGAAUAUUCAAAGAAGAUUCCUCCUCCUAAACCCAAACGGAAUCCAAACACUCAGCUGAGCACGUCUUUCGAUGAAACUUACAUCAAAAAGCACGGGCCCAGGAGGACGUCGCUGCCACGGGAGUCCUCCGUGUCGCAGGUCAGCAGCCCCGCGGGAGACCCCGAAGAGGAGGAGCCCGUGUACAUCGAGAUGGUGGGAAACAUCCUCAGAGACUUCAGGAAGGACGACGACGACCAGAGUGAGGCCGUCUACGAGGAAAUGAAAUACCCCAUUUUUGACGACUUAGGCCAAGACUCCAAGUGUGACUUUGACCUUCACAGUUGCUCUUCGCAGUGUGCUACGCCCACGGUGCCUGACUUGGACUUCGCCAAGUCCUCAGUGCCAUGCACUCCUAAGGGUCUACUGUGUGACAUCCCCCCGCCCUUUCCCAACCUGCUCUCUCACCGACCCCCACUGCUGGUGUUCCCACCGGCCCCCGUGCAUUGCUCCCCCAAUUCCGACGAGUCUCCCCUCACCCCACUGGAGGUCACCAAGCUUCCCGUGCUGGAAAACGUGUCUUACAUGAAACAGGCGGCUGGAGCGUCUCCGUCCUCACUGCCACCCCAUACCUCCGGCCACUCCAAACUGGAGAAAGACCAGGCCGGCGGGGCCCUAGGAUCUGCUUCUGCCACUCCAGUGCUGUCCUCGUCCCCGCCGCCCCCUUCCACUUUGUACCGAACACAGUCUCCCCAUGGCUAUCCGAAAAGUCACUCCACCUCUCCCUCCCCUGUCAGCAUGGGCAGGUCCCUGACUCCCCUGAGCCUCAAAAGGCCUCCCCCCUACGACGCUGUGCAUUCAGGCAGCCUCUCAAGGGGCUCUCCAUCAGUGCCUCAUUCCACCCCCAGACCAGUGUCUCAGGAUGGGGCCAAGAUGGUCAACGCUUCGGUCAACACCUACGGGGCGCCUCCGAGCGGCUCUCGGUCCAGGACACCCACGAGCCCUUUGGAGGAGCUGACCAGCCUCUUCACUUCGGGACGGAGCCUGCUGAGGAAGUCGUCCAGUGGCCGCCGCUCCAAAGAACCUGCAGAGAAAUCAACAGAGGAGCCAAAAGUCCGAAGCCACAGCACAGAGCCGUUACCAAAGCUGGACAGCAAAGAGAGAGGACACCAUGGGGCUUCUUCCUCCAGAGAGCCUGUCAAAGCUCAGGAAUGGGAUGGUACUCCAGGUCCACCUGUGGUCACCAGUAGACUGGGAAGAUGCUCUGUGAGCCCCACUUUGUUGGCAGGAAACCACAGUUCAGAACCCAAGGUGAGCUGCAAGUUAGGCCGGUCUGCGUCCACGUCAGGUGUGCCCCCUCCGUCAGCGACUCCUCUCAGGCAAGCCAGCGACCUGCAGCAGAGCCAGGUGGCAUGCAUGCAGUGGUUUCAUGGAGACCAUACAAUGCUUGAGAUGAUUGAGAAAAAGCGUUGCUUGUGCAAGGAAAUAAAGGCUAGACAGAAAACGGAAAAGGGCCUUUGCAAACAGGAUAGCAUGCCUAUCCUGCCCAGCUGGAAGAAGAACGCAGGUGCAAAGAAGUACAGCCCUCCACCCUAUUCUAAACAACAAACGGUAUUCUGGGAUACUGCCAUAUGAUUGUGUACAGGAUGGCGUGAGCUCCGCAUUCUUUAAUACAAAGAGGGAGGUCGACUUGGUCAUGUGAUAAUUAACUGUUACAUAUCUUCUUUGUUGGAGUGGAAUGCCGCAAGAAGCCAUGCUUACUUGUGGCAAGCUCAAGAUAAAAUGUAUAUGUCCUUGCAAUUAAGGCACACUUAUUUAUCCCGGAUUAUUUUGAAUCCAGAAGAUAUUAAAAUGUAAAUAUUUUACUAGUUUAUGGGUGACACAUGAAAUAGUACACAUUAUACGUAUAGAAAUUACAGAAAUAUCAAGAAUUUACUAUAUGAUAUAGUUUCGGUAUUAACUGGUUUGUUAUCUCUUUUAUAUGUAAUCCCUUGAGGCCUUUUAUUAUUAAUUUUUGCAUUUAAAGUGUUAUUUUUCCCCCUGCCGACAUUUGGCUUCUGUACAAGAGCUCACAGCUAUAAGUCAUGUUCAAUCACAUAAUAUAUGAUCUGGUGCUAGUAAUGUAGAAAGUUGAAUAUCAUGUUCGUUAAGAGCACCUGUUGCUUUUUAAUGUUUUUAAGGGUUUGGCAGCAAAUGAAUGCAAAUGUGAUGCUUAAUUUGGAUGUCCUCAUGACAUUGACACCAAUAUUUUUGCUACAUUGGCUUUAUAAGAAUUUCUCUUCAAUAUCCUCUUGUUUAUACUAAGCAAUGUUUAGUCAGACUCCAGAGAAAGCUAUUAGGAUAUAUUUGGACAUCCCAACAGAAAACAUUUCCUUGAGAAAUGACUUUAGGGACAUGUGUCCUUGCAUCAUUGAUCUGACUGGAGGAGACCAGGGUUCACUGUGACAAAAGAAGGAACAAGGAAUCAAAAACUGAAGAGCGUGACUGCUCUCAGUAAGGUGGGACCAGUGGCACUGUAGCCACCGCAAUCACUAUUUUUAAGUAAUGUUUCAUGUGUGUGCUUGUUUCCCCUAGAAACUGAGAAACAAACAUUCAACUAUUUACAUAUUUUAGUACACUAAAUGCCAAUCUUUCUCAAAAUUUAAGUUCAUUAAUGAUAAAGUAUUUCUCGUUAAUUUUUUGAACCAGUUAUCACCACAUUUUUGGGUCAUAAUCUUCAUCACACCCAUUCUUACUGAUUAUGACACCAUGACCAAAGAAUUAUGACCAACUAUUUAUUUUAUUUUGUUUCAAGGAAGAAAUAAGAAAUGCAGGGGAUGGGAGAUAGGGUGGAUUCAAUUUUAUGUGGUGGUGAAAUUUAAGUUAAAAAAUAUUAUAUAUAUAUAUAUCUUUUAAGAGUAACUUGUUAGUUGAAUAUAAAUAUUGCCAAGGAUGAAUAAAAAGGAAACUAUCACAUAUAUUUUGUAUAUUUAAAUUACUAUUUAUGCUUCCUAAAAUUGACAGUAUGUGGUUCAUUAACAAUCAAUUUAGUAUUAUAUUUCUGAGAGAAAAAGUGUGUCUUUGAAGUUAUUGUCAUAGUGGUUUUCCUUUUAAGGGUAUUGACAGCAACAGUCCAGUGCUGUUCAAUAAGACCAAAUAUAAUGGGAGUUAGGGAAUUUUUGUAAUCUAUAUUGAUAAAAAUGUAGUAAUGGUUUAUCAGUAACAGUUCCUUUCAAAAGGCUUUAAAAUGUUAUAAUUUUUUAAUGUUUUAUAAUUAAUGUAUAUUUUAACGUCCAAUUAGAAUUCUGAAAAAAUAAGGAAAAAGGUAAGUGGGAGCAUGUGUAUGUUGUGUGUGUGUGUGUGUGUGUGUACAUGUGAAUGAGUACUCAGUGGGAUAAUUGUAUACAUAAAAUGUUUACGGAAGUUUUAAGUUUUGCUUAUGUAAUAGAGGUGGUAAAAAAAAAAGCAGAAACACAAGUCCAAGAAAUGAUGGAAGGAUCUUAAGUAGCUUAAAUAAACUCUGCCACCAUGUUUCACCAGCUAUAUAGAUUGUGUUUUAAAACCUGCAAUCAAUGGAGCACAAAUCUAAGAGUGACAAAAAUAUAAGAUUAAGUCAGAAAUGAAAUAAAAUGUGUUUAUGACCCAA